AUGCGGAUAUUGAACGUCUCCCUACUGGUAUUAGCCACGGUUCUGCUCGAUUUUGUCAGUUUUAUCGAGUGCGGUAGAGAUUUUUAUAAAAUUUUGGGCGUUGCCAAGAAUGCCAACGCGAAUCAAAUUAAGAAAGCUUAUCGAAAAUUAGCAAAAGAGCUCCAUCCCGAUAGAAAUCAUGACGACGAGAUGGCAAAUGAGAAGUUCCAAGACUUAUCGGCUGCCUAUGAGGUGCUCUCCGACAAAGAAAAACGCGCAAUGUACGAUCGACACGGCGAAGAAGGCGUGGCGAAGAUGGGCGGUGCCGGUGGUGGUGGACACGAUCCGUUCUCAUCGUUCUUCGGCGAUUUCUUCGGUGGUGGACAAGGAGGACAUGGAGAGGAGGGAACGCCGAAGGGUGCCGACGUGACAAUCGACCUGUUCGUGACACUUGAGGAGGCCUACAAUGGACAUUUUGUGGAGAUAAAACGAAAGAAGGCGGUGUACAAACAAACGUCAGGAACGCGUCAAUGCAACUGUCGACACGAGAUGCGAACGGAACAAAUGGGACAGGGAAGAUUCCAGAUGUUCCAAGUGAAAGUGUGUGACGAGUGUCCGAAUGUGAAGUUGAUACAGGAGAAUAAGGUGUUGGAGGUCGAAGUGGAAGUCGGAGCAGAUGAGGGACAUCAACAGAUCUUCCAUGGAGAAGGAGAGCCACACAUUGAGGGAGAUCCAGGAGAUUUGAAAUUUAAGAUUAGGAUUCAGAAGCAUCCAAGACGGAGUACUGAGGAGUCAGAGCCUAUGCAGGAUCUCCAGGAAUCUAACAUGAUAUAA